AUCUAUCUCUGCAGGCAACGGCUAGAUCGGUCAAAGAGCACGAGGCCAAGGGCGCGGCGUGCUAUGAUUACAUCCCAGCGCGGUGCGUUGGCAUCUCACUUGCCACGCCAUCCAUCUGUUCUCCAUCAUCUUGCUUCUAUCUGAGCAGCUGUAGAGGUGGUGCUCAACCCAAUACCUCACCGCCGCUUCCGCGAUGAGCCGUCUACACUAGAGCAGCAGGCUUGCACGAUUUGCCCGCCAUGGCCAGCCCGAGACACAACUCUCCCUCCUCCCCGCAAACACCAGAUUCGACUUCGCGAUCGCCCGGGCGGAAGCGCAACCCGCUGACUUCCUCCGAGCGACUAGCGACCAUCACAGAGGGAGGCGCGGCGGCCAACACCCCGCCCAUCCCCCGCCGAAGCAGUCAGCGCUUGAGCGCCUUGCUCUCCGGCAGCGGCUCUCAUGGCGCGAGACACCCACGGCCUGGACCCGGAAGCCAGAGCAGUAUAGACACAUCGCGCGCUGCCCCGCCCUCGUACGGCUGGGUACCUCCGCCGCUCGAUGAAAAUGAUGUUGGCAACCCGCCGGUGGAAGGCGAGAAGUUGGCAGAACUGCGGAGGAACACGAGCUCGCAGGAUCCGAAAAGAGGCGCACUUCGCGGGAGAGGCGGAUGGGGUCGACUGGCAUUGAUUGGGGCGGGGAUACUGCUGGUCAUCAUCGCGUUGGCAGUAGGACUUGGAGUUGGGUUGGGUGAGAAACAUCACAACCAUUCGAGCUCCAGCACACCCUCGAAUCCUCAGUCAACACUCCCGCCACAAAAGUUCCCCCUCGGCCAAUACAGCUUCGUCACGGCUCUCACCAACGUCCAGACCAACUGCACCUCCAAUGCUGCAGUCUGGCAAUGCUAUCCUUUUAAUGUCUACAACCCCGGCGUCAGCAGUACGAUAAAUGCAAGUACAGCCACCUUCAACUGGAUCAUCAGCAACACCUCCUCGAAUUACAUCACAAACAACUCCUCCGAAACCCCUGCAUCGCCAGGUGUGCCGGCGCUUCUCAGCGUCUCCUCCAUCAGCGAUCCCUUCGGAAUCACGUUCAACUCCACACCGCUCUCGUACAUCGCCACGGCUGACAACUCGACCUCCCCCCGCUAUGUCUUUGAUUUCAGCAUGUCGAAGAUGGUGAUCCCUUCUACUUCCAUCACAUCAGACGGUACCUCCGCAGUCUGCUUCUUCAACCAGACCAGCUUCCAAGGCACGAUCUAUCUCACCGCCGCUCACAACUUCCCACCUAGUGGAACUUCCAUAGGUGGGUACGAGCAGUGGCCGUACGCCGUGGAGAUCAUGGAAGUGGCUUCUGGAGGCAGCAAUGUGCCGGACUGCUACGAGUAUGUCAAUGGCGUGGUUGGCAGCCCGAUAACGACGGACCUGACCUCGGAGUCAAGUAACUCCCAGUGCUUAUGUGAGUAUCGGAACUAUGUUUGAGCAUUGCUUGUGGAAUUGGGACGGUCGCGUUGAGAUGGGGUACUUGAUCUGGAGCACUGUUCAGAGGGAGGUGGGCGUUGAAUGACCCGGUGUUGGCUUUGAUCGUUAGGAUACCCGUAGUUCUUACUCUUCUAGCGAAAAUGGGAAUAGAAUAGCUUCAUGGGGUGCAUGUU